AAAUUAUUAAGAAAUUAGUCUUCUAGUUUUGCAUCACUUCAAGAACAAGUUCAUGAAGAAAGGCAAGGUCUUCACAACUUCUGAAAUAGUCUUCCUUUGCAAGCCCCUGCACAGUCAUGGCUGCAAGUGUGAUAGUAUCUUACUGACUGCAGUUGGAAAUGUGAGUGAUUCAAACCCAUGUCUGACUAGAGGAUAAAUAAACUGCAUCUGUUUGCUGAAACUACAUCAAGAAAUGCAGCAGCAUCUCAAGACUAUGGUGAUCACCUAGCAACUAAUUUAUCUCCAUGUAGGCCUAAUCGUAAUGUUAACAAGAAAUCGUAUUUAUUCCAUAUAUUAGAGUGACUGGUAUUAGAAAAAGACACACCCCUCAAGACGUUAUGAAUUUUAUGCAUGGGAUAAUGCAUUCACUUCAGUAAAGUUGGUGCUAUCAGGAUCAGACCAACAUGCACUUGUUUCUUUAAUAGAAUAGGUUAACAAAACCCCAGGGUCUCAAUCUUACACUGUCCCAUCCAUUAACUGAAUGGGAAGAUGCUAUAAACCUGAAGAUCAUAAUGCCUCAAAGGGGCGCCAUGCCAAUGCAUCCGAUGCAAGCAAGGUCGAUGAGAGAAACGUGUGCGAGUGUUUAGAAUAUAGGAUGUGUUCAGCUAAUUUGAGACAAAUGUAGCAGUGUCGACUACUUUUGAGUGAGAAUGCAUUGAUUCCUUGCCACCUAACCAGUUAAUUUCUGGGACUUUGAAUGCCACGUCAGAGUCCAGACCAAACAAUCAAACGCCAGGCUACAUUGAGUGUACUCGCAUGCCAGACUGUUGCAGAAAACAAAGUUGACACUAGACAGAAUGUUUAAACAGUAAUUAUUCAUAAAUACCUCACCUGACAACAAGACAUCAUGUGGAACAAGACCGACUGCCUCCAAGUGUUAUCUUUACACCAGCCAGACGAGGUCAUUUGGCGGAUAGGGGGUCAGACAGCCUCUCUCCCCUGUAACAUCGUUUAUGAUACCAAUAUGGAAAUUGACUUAAUCUGGUUCGUCUUCAAGGAGGACGCUCACCACUCGGUCGAUCUGAUGACCCAGCAACACAAAUACAGCCUGGAGAGAAACGCCCUGAAUAUCAACUCACUCCAGGCCAAUGACAGCGGGGUGUACCACUGUGCUGCCUUGUUUAAAAACGUGGUAUGCAGCGGGGCACAGGAGAUAGGACAGGGCACCACGCUGGUGGUGAGAGAGAUGACCUGGCAUGUUUUGCUGUGGCUGCUGUUUGUCCUGUUGGCCCUAUACAGUCUGGCGGUAUUGAUUCGGAUCAUUUGUAAGAAGACUGGGAAAGACAUUGCUGUUUGCAGAGGCACACAGAAGAGUGACAUCCAGAAGAAUACAGUUAGAGUACAGUUUGGUGCUGUUGUGCAAGAGCUGUACGGCAAGAGGAACUUACAAAGUAACAAGAAGAACCCCAACCACAGUGGCCCUGCUCAAAACAAGGUUGAAAGCCCCCACUCCAACCAUCCAGAGGACAUUUACCAAAACCAGUGACUGAAAACAAAAAGGAGAACAGCUAAUGACAGCUACUUCCCUUCACAUCUUCAGGCGGGAGAGACUAUAAGGACACUGCUGACCUGCAAAAACAACUAACCAAAAUCUAAAACUGACCCUUACCUUAACCAAACCCUUAACCCUGACCUAAAUUUAACAAAUUCGGAAAAUCGGUUUGCAGGUCAGGAGUGACCGUAUAGCCUUUUCCUCUUCAGGCAGCUUAAAAUGGAAAACAUGCUAUAUGGAGAGAGUAACAAGACAAAAAUAAUCUCAAUUUGAUUAACCUUAAAUGAAUCAGAAAGAAAAACAGAAGUCCCUGUACUGAAUCUGAAGUCCGCCUAUUUGAAUAUCAGAUUGUUUUGGUUCAUGUUUCAGUUUAAAAAGUCAACGCAUGUUUCAGUUUAAAAAGUAAACGUAAAUAACAUGUGCAAGUUAUUUGAAUGAAGGCUUAUUGUUUUUAAUUAAAAUGGAAACAGUGUAAAAAGACUUGUAGAAAACAUUCCCCAACAAAUUAAUGCAAAUAAUUUGAAUGAAAAGUAAUAGCAUAUUUGAUUGGUAUUAACUAUUUAGACAAAGGCACAACAUCACAAUGGUUCAGGUCCCAUGAUACCAGUAUGUAGUAUACACAAUGUAUACACUAUGUCAAAGACAAUAUCUGUUUUACAUUCAAGUUGUUUGGAGAACAAAGUCUGCAAACUAAUAACCUAUUUGAAAGUAAUCUGAUGCUACAAUAUAUCCCUCAAUAAACUUGGUUAAGUCA